ACAUGUCCCAUGAUCUACAAUAAGUGUGUAGUGCAAUGCCUGGGGUAGCUGUUUAAAGCCUGCCGCGCCGCGAUCAAGCAAGAUCUGAUCGCACACUGCCGGGUCCCCAUCGCUCAUUUCCCAGGAGAGAUUAACAUUCCCAAUGAAUUCCCCACAUGACCUCGUAGCCAUAACUGCUGACCAGCCUGGGGCACCUAGAUGGAAAAAAGAUUUUACUAAAAGAUAACACUCACACUCAAGUUCCCUACAUGCUAAGUCGGUGUCCCAGGAGCCAUUUUGGACGUGUCAUCAGGGAGUAAUUCACCCAAACCGGAUACAAGCAUUAAAAAAAGGAGUUGAGGGAGUGCCCAGUAUGGUGUAGUGGAAAGUGACUGGAGACAGGUGACUAUGUUAAGUUAGUAAGCAGGGUGGAGGGGGGUUGAGAGAGAUGGUGACAGAGGAGAGAGGCAAAAAUACCUGGUGGAAAAAAAAAGAGUGAAAGAGGGUGGGGAAAAGGCUACAUGUUCUAGCUCAUUUAUUUUAGUCAAUCUGUGACAGUGGUGUUCAGUGUUAAUGAUUCAUGGAGAGACGAGAAGGAUAUAGGAAAGAGGGAGUCGGCGCCACUUGGCCAUGCUCCAAAGAGCCUGCAGAGGGGUAGUUUGAUACAGGGGUGAGGAAAGGACAGCGGAGGACAGAGAUAGAAGGAGAGCCAGAGAGAGAGAGGGAGAGAGAGAGAGGGAAGGAGGGAGGGGUAGAGAGAGUGUGAGCAAAGGAAAAGGAAAAUGUAAGAAGACAGGUAAGGGAAUAAGAAACAAGGCAUAAGACUGUGAACAUGUGACAUGGGGGAGCUGAGAAAGGUAUUCGGUGAGGGAGACGCCUUGAAGAAUUCCGACAGUGAACUUAGGAGGUGCCAGUUUGCGUCACUGGAAACUCUUUAAGACAAUUACAGCUUCUCAUCAAAGUAAAAAAUAAAACUGGAGCAAGUUAUUACAGACUGAGUUACAUGGCCUGGAUGUUUAAAAGUGGCUGCAAGGUAACCUCAAAAAAGAAACAAAACCGAAGCAAAGAAGAAACAGAAAAACGUGGAUGCCUGCCACCUCCAACCAAAGCUGGUUAAGGUUAAGAGGACAUGCACUGAAGAGAGAAGAACAGGAGGUGCUGGACACUCCGAGAGGACUGGACAAAGUCUGAGCUGGUGGCAUAUUCAUAAAGAUCUGAAACAGCAACUGCAGCUUUAUUUCUUCUAUUUCUAAUGCAGGAACAUUCAUCUUGGAUUUGGGUUUUGUAUUUUUCUCCUACAAAUGUUGGGAAGAUUUUUAUUUAUCUAGAAACAGCUCAGGAAGUUUUUUUUUUUUUUAAAAAAACCUGUAUGCAUGGGACGUAUCGAAGAGGAACAACGCCUCCUGUUAAAGGAGGUUUGUUGUCAACGUCGGAAUGUUGAUAUAUCUGAUUAGCACGCAUAUUUGAGCCUGAGGGUCAGUGCACAUAAACAGGACAAGACAGGGAGUGCCUCUUCCCAGCUCCAAGGCUCACAAAGCACUGGGAUUUAAUCCAUUUACCUGCACACGGGAAAGACGAAGAAGACGAGAGUGAGAGAGGAGUGGGACACACUAUAUUUAAAAAAAAAAAAAAAAAAAACUGAGCAAGCAAAAGAUUUUUUUUUACCUGCCUUUGUGCAGUCUUUCGUUCCAUUCUAGGAUACAUCUGGGAUACUAAGCGUUUCAGAGACGCUGUGAUUUUAAAACCGUGGGAGGUCGGGCAUCUGAGAAUCCAAGACGCAAGGAGACACGAGCAAGGAGGAGAGAGAGGAAGAUGCCUGAGAGCAAGCAGGCAGUCCACCGAACAGGAAGCUACCUCUCCAACUCUGCUUACAGAAAAAUUAAAAGAGUGCUGAGCUUUAAAAGGCGUGUGUUUGGGCAGCGGUUGGAGGAGACGGUGCUGUACGAGCGGCGGUAUGGAGACCACAUGGCUCCUCUUGUGGUGGAGCAAUGUGUGGACUUUAUCAGGGAGCAGGGUUUGAUGGAAGUCGGGCUCUUCAGGCAACCUGGCCAGGCGACGCUUGUCAAAGAGCUGCAGGAGGCUUUUGAUGCUGGGGAAAAACCAUCCUUUGAUAGCAGCACAGAUGUCCAUACAGUGGCCUCUCUGCUGAAGCUGUACCUCAGAGAGUUGCCUGAACCGUUAGUACCCUUCUCUCGCUAUCAAGAGUUUCUUAUAUGUGGCAAAAAAAUCUCCUCACACAGGGAACAGGGAUUGCUGGAAUUGAGAAACCUUCUUCACGAGCUCCCUGUGGCUAAUUUCAAACUGCUGAAAUACAUCUGCCAAUUCUUAAAUGAGGUCCAAUCCUUCUCUAGCACCAAUAAGAUGAGUAUCCAAAACCUAGCCACUGUUUUUGGGCCAAACAUUCUUCGACCUAAAGCUGAAGACCCUGAAAGUAUAAUUGGUGGUGCAGCUGUAGUACAGCAUCUGAUGUCGGAGCUGAUCAGAGAGCACAGCAUGCUCUUCUCAAGAGAAAACAACCGCAAGGCACCAGGAACCUCCGGACCAGCUUUUGCUUCCACGCACAGACAAUGCAGCCUGGUGGAGUGGGUGUACACCAAGCCUACUUCUUCUCCAAGAGAUCCUCAGCUAGGACUGAACAGUGAUGGUGUGCCCCAUCCAACUCAGACUUUCAAACCAUGCUCCAGGAAAUUCUCACUACCUCUUAUGACUGAACGGAGAUGUUCUUCCCAAAGUUCUCACACUCCGCAUCAUCUAGCUGAGAUACAGCAGCAACAACGGGAAGUCCCUUCUCUGGCAAGCUCGACUCUUCUUUAUGAAAACCAUAGUCCGUCCCUCUUGGCACAAGAGUCUCCUCACUCUGGACUUGUGCCUCCCCCCACCACACCACCUACUGCCUCUUCCUCAACAAUUACAGUGGCAGAAGUUGGGCACGACGGCUGUUUGCAGUCUACAAGCUGGCCUGGACUGGGCCAGUGUGCCUGGGAGACUGAGAGAGUUCUAGGAGACAGCGGUGGGAGCAGUGAAGCCCAGGACAGCACAUUAUCUGUAUAUGACAACAUGGUAAUCGGGGUGCAGCUGGAUGACUGUAUAGAAGAAGGUGAAGCUGGCCCUGGGAUGGUAGACCUGGAGGGUGGUACUGCGAGAAUGGCUGACAGCAACAGUUCCUGGUCCUCCUGUGAGAUCCUGCUUGGGGAUGUGGGCUCUGGUAGUGGUGGAACCACUAGCCCUUGCCACAGCUCUGUUUGUUUCCCUUCUUUCAGGUCGGACCUUGGAGAAAGUGACUUGCACCCAUGCUCCCCUGCUUCUUCCACUGCCCCCACAGAUGCCCCAUUGAGUACAGGUAGCAGUGAGGUCUUUCUUCCGAAUGCUUCUUCAGAUUCUCAAGACCCCCCUGCCUCUCAAGCGAUACAGUGCCUCGUGGUUGGCCUACGUCAGCAAAUGGCCAGGCAGAAAGCUGAAUACGAGGCCAAGAUCAGCAGGUUGGAACAGCGCAACGAGGCCCUCCAGGGGCAGGUAGCGGGACUGCGUGCGACUCUGGAGCAACAGCGUCGACAUGUCAGCGUCACUGAAAUCAAGAUGCGGAACACGGAACGAGCUCGGGCUGACGCGGACCGACGGAACGCUACACUACAACAAGAAAUGGAGCAGUUCUUUGAUACCUUCGGAGAGCUGAACUCUGAGGCUCGGAAAACAGAGCGCAUCAUUCAAAGCUUCUGAGCUUCUGACAUUUUGGUCAUUUCUCUCUCUGGCAUGUACAAAUGUUAAAAGCCUACUGGACCAAGCCGGGGGGUGGGGGGGAUUGGGACACACACACAAAAAAGGACCCAACCAUUGAAUAAGAGACACGCAUGUCUGAAAAAUGCCUUGUGCCGCACAGCUAUACACAAAGACAAUGAAAUGGCCCAAAAGUGGAGGUAGGAUGUGUUAGCAAGCAUGGUAUUAUAAAAUACACAAGUCAAUUCUUAUAGAACAUCUAAAGUUGAAACUUUGACAUAUGACUUAACUCCUUAACUAAUGCUGGGUGAUUUGAGAGAAAUGAAACUCAAAAAACAAUUGUAUUUAACUUUAAAUCAAUUCACACAGGCCUAUAUAGGAAACACUUAAGCCACUUAAAACCAGUGCAUUUGUACCAAAAUAAAACGUGUGAAAAGAAAUGUAAA